AUGUCGUCCUUCCUCAAGAUCGCCCUGCCGGCCCUGGCCAUUGCAGGCUCCGCCUCCGCUGCCUGCAACACUACCGCGACCCUCACCAUCCAGAACGCCGGCGAUGCGACCGCCCUUGCCGCAUGCUCGACCUUCUCUGGUUCCAUCGCUGUGGCAACCGGCACCACCGACGACAUCGCCUUCACCAGCGUCAAGCGCAUCACCGGCGAUCUGGUCGUGGCCGACAACUCGGACAUCAAGCGUCUCAGCGCUGACACGCUCGACACGAUCGACGGCGAGAUGCGCCUGUCCGGCUUGACUCGCCUCAACGCCGUCGACUUCCCCAAGCUCAAGACGGUCGAGUCGAUCAAGUGGGACGCUCUCCCCAACCUCCAGACCAUCGGUUUCACCUCCGAGGUCACCAAGGCCGACAAGAUCGACAUCCAGAACACGGCUCUCCGCUCCCUCAAGGGCAUCAACAUCGAGCAGGCCGACACCAUUUUCAUUGCCAACAACGGCUACAUUGACGAGAUCGCCAUGCAGCUCGGCAACGUCACCGAGUCGCUGACCCUGGCCAACAACAACGAGGACCUCAAGGUCACGCUGCCCAACCUGAUCUGGGCCGCUAACCUGACCUUCCGUUUCGUCGGUUCCCUCGAGAUGCCCUCCCUCGAGACCCUGAACGGAUCUCUGGGUCUGUACAACAACGGCUUCGAGACCUUCUCCGCUCCCAACCUGACCACGAUCGGCGAGGCCCUUGCCCUUGUCGCCAACGAGGAGCUUUCGAACCUCACCUUCCCCCAGCUUACCAAGAUCUCUGGUAACCUGCAAAUCGCCAACAACACCAACCUUACCACCAUCGACGGUUUCCCGGAGCUGACCAGCAUUGGCGGUGCUUUCGACAUCUCUGGCAACAUGAGCACUGUUGAGACCCCUAAACUUAACAGCGUCAAGGGUGCCUUCAACUUGCAGUCCACUGGCAACAUCUCCGACGUCUGCGCCAACUUCUACAAGCCUCUCAAGGACAAGAAGUACAUUCAGAGCACCAAGUACCUGUGCCAGGGCGCGCUCGUCAACCCCGGCCAGAGCGGCAGCAAGCCCACCAGCCAGUCCGGCUCCGGCUCCAGCGACAAGACUGGUGCUGCAACCAGCCUUUCCGCUGUCAACGGUGCUCUUGGUCUGGCUGCCAUGGCUGCUGUCUUCCUUCUCUAA